AUGGAGCACGAUCUUCAUGGAGUAGAAGCUAUGCGUGCCGAGCUUAUACAAUUACAUGCUGAUAUUAAGGAGUUGACUUCUACACGCCAAAAACUUACUAGUCAAGUUCAGGGUACAACUCAAGAUCUUGCUAGAGCUACUACUGACUUGAGCAUGUCCCAGAAGGGGAAUGCAGAGAACUAUAAACAUGGUCAAGCGAUGGAGAAGAAUUUACUCUCUAUGGCUUGUGAGUUGGAAAAGUUGCGUGCUGAGAUGGCUAAUGCUGAAAAACAGGCCCGUGCUGCUGUAGCUGUAACUGCAGCCAAUCAAAAUCCAGGAUAUAACCCAAAUUAUGUUAAUGCUGAAGCUAACUAUUUAGGGAAUCCUUACCCUACAAGUUAUGGCAUUAGUUCCAUGAAUAAAAUGAAUCUUGUGCAGUCUGUUGCAGAAGGUUACCCUCAAUAUGGGCCUAUGCCUUGA